AUGACCGUGGCGAUAUCCAACCCGGCCGCACCGCCGGUGAGUGCAAGAGCCUAUAUGUCGGUCAUCGGAGGGACCUGCGCGCUCUUGUGUACCGUCGGCUUUGUCGUUGCCUUUGGCGUCUUCCAAGGAUACUACACCGAGCACCUCCUUCGAGGAAUGAGCGAGUUCGACAUCUCGUGGAUUGGGUCGGCCUCGAUCUUCUUAUUGUACGCAUCUGCGCCCAUCUGUGGCGUUCUUGUUGAUAGGUUUGGGCCCAAGGUUCUGCUCAUCGCCGGGUCGAUCGGGGUCCUCGUGGCGAUUUUUAUGAUUUCUCUCUGCUCCCAAUACUACCAGAUCUUUCUGGCCCAGGCGGUGCUUCUGGGGAUCAGUAUGGGUUUUGUCACAUGGCCGCCCUUCGCGGUGGUUUCCCGCAAUCUGCCACACCAUCGUGGCCUCGCCUUGGGGGUGAUCACCGGGGGUUCUUCUGUGGGCGGAAUCGUCUGGUCGAUCAUGAUUGAGGAGCUCCUGACCAAGCGAAACCUCGGGUUUCCGUGGACGGUCCGUGUGCUGGGGUUUACGAUGCUGCCUCUCCUGGCAUUCGCAUGCAUUUCGAUUACUGAGCCACCCAAACAACCCCAACCCCAACCCAGACCGGUCCUGGAGGCCACGGUAGAGAGCGGUUCGGCCUCUCCAAUCCCGAAGCCGGAGGAUGCGUCCCUCCCGUUGCUCCGGAGUCCCGUCUUUAUCUCUAUCUGCGUUGGCUUCGGCCUCGGCUUCCUGGGCCUGUUCAACCCCUUCUUCUAUAUCUCGUCGUACGCAGCGGGCCAUGGCGCGUCAGCACACACCUCCUUUUACAUGAUCUCCAUCAUGAACGCAGCCACCCUUUUUGGUCGCGUGAUCCCCGGAAUCGUGGCGGACCGUGUAGGCCACUACAACGUGAUGAUCUUCGUCCUGCUGGCCUCAGGAAUUACCUCGUUCUGCUGGACCGCAGUCCACUCCCUGACCGGGCUCGUCAUCUGGUCUAUCGCAUAUGGGUUCUCUUCCGGGGCCAUCCUGAGUCUGCAGGGCGCCUGCGCAGGGAAAAUCGCGACUCCGCAGAAUCAAGGCAAGGCAAUCGGCUUCUUGCAAGGUUCGCUGGCGGUAACGGUCCUGGUCGGCUCACCCAUCGGCGGUCAACUGCUGGGCCACUAUGGAUACUUAUCGCUGUCGAUGUUUACGGGCGCCACGCUGGUGGUGGGGGCAGUGGUUAUGGGCUAUGCCAGACUAUGUCUUAACCCAAGGGUGAUGGUAGCUGUCUAG